AUGGCAGGCGCGGAAGGUGACGACAAUGCCGAAACAUUUUCGGACUCAAAUCCUACACCAGAGGAUGCAGGAAAUUUACAAAUUUUAUUCUUAAAAAGAGAUCGCAUUCACGACGAAAUAUCGCGUUUCAAGUUGUGGUUUGAAACAAACAAUCUAAGUACAUCCGCUUCUCGACUAAGAGUAAGAUUGCGCGAUUUUGUACGUAUUAAGGCUCAGUUUGACAAAAUCCAUUCUCAGAUUGAAGCUCUUGAUGACACCACCUCCGAUUUAGAACAAGCUACCACAAGACUUUAUUUUGAAAACGCGUAUUACGAUUUAUGUGCAGAUGUCGAAGAUGCUAUUGAACAAAAACGCGUUAACACAUCUUCACCUGCACCGCAAGGUAACGCACCUACGAGCACACCGUCACCAUCGGUGCAGUUGCUCCCGAAUGUUAUUAAACCGUUUAGCGGAAUUUAUACUGAAUGGCUACCUUUUUAUAAUACAUUUAAAACACAAAAGGUGUCUACAUUUACAGCGGCAGUAAAUCGCAAUAGUACACAAUCCAAUUGUUAUUUUUGUAAAAAAUCUCAUUUAAUUUACAACUGUGUUACCUUUUCAAAACUCAGUGUUUCGGAAAGAAGGUCUCAGGUAGAUAGGUUGAAAUUAUGUCAAAAUUGUCUCAAACCAUCGCAUACGUCCGAUAGCUGUAAAUCUAUGUCAUGUAAAUUAUGCCAAUUGAAACAUAAUACACUUUUACACAGUGACCAACCCUCUCAUUCAAACGAAAACCAGCCUAGUACCAGCGGAGUUUAUUGCUCAUCCGCCCUUUUUCCACAAGCCGUUUUGUCUACAGCAAUAAUUCUAAUAAAGGAUUGUAAAAACAAAUUUCAAAAAUUCCGGGCUUUGUUAGACGUGGGUUCAGAAUCGCAUUUUAUUACUGAAGCCGCCACUAACAAAUUGGGUUUAAGUACAGAAAAUGCAAAUGUGGUCGUAGCAGGUAUUCAAUGUUCAAAUACGACCGCUAGACAAAAGGUUCAGGUACAGAUCGAGUCGUUGCAUUACUCAUUUACAACAGCUUUAAAUUGUCUGGUAAUCCCAAAAAUUUCGAAGAACAUAACUGCCCGUACCUUUUCUAAAGAUGAGCUGGACAUACCUGAAGCGGUAAAACUUGCCGAUCCUAAUUUCAAUUUGUCACAGCCAAUCGAUCUGUUAAUCGGAGCUGGAUUAUUUUGGCAACUGUUAUGUGUAGGUCAAAUUCAAACGAUAGGACAUGGCUUAAUAUUACAAAAAACUUUAUUAGGUUGGAUUGCAGGAGGGCCAUUGCAUGGAUGCCCCACCAGUAACACUCGUCAAAAUCUACAUUGCGCGGUCAAUAAUGUCAAUUUAGAAAACCAGGUUGAAAAGUUCUGGAAACUUGAAAGUUAUUCAAACGAUGAUAAGCCGCUCACAGCUCUUGAAAUACAACAUGAGAACUAUUUUAUUAACAAUGCCACUCAAUUAUCCAACGGACGAUUUCAAGUCAGAUUAACAUUUAACGAAUUUUUACCAAACUUGGGGAAUCCGACAGAAAUCGCGCUCAAACGGUUCAACACAUUGGAACGAAAGUUCGCAAAAAAUGUCAUGUUAAAAAUAAAUUAUCACGAUUUUAUGAAAGAAUACAUUAAUUUGGGUCAUAUGCGUUUACUAGGUCCAUUGACAGAGCAUAGAAUCGAAAGUGAACCCUAUUACCUCUUGCCUCACCACGCGGUUUUCAAAAAUGACGGGGCCACUGAUAAGAUUCGCGUAGUAUUUGACGGGUCAGCCAAACCAUCAUUCGGAAAAAGCAUAAAUGCUUGUCUGAGUACAGGGCCAAAAGUACAAAACGACAUUUUUGAUUUAAUAAUUCGAUUUAGAACGUAUAGGUUUGCCUUUACAGCGGACAUUUGCAAGAUGUACCGUCAAAUUUUAAUUCAUCCCGAAGACAGACGAUAUCAAAGAAUUUUGUGGCGGGAUGAUCCCACACAACCGAUGCAAGUGUACGAACUUAAUACGGUCACAUACGGGAUGUCGUCAGCUCCCUAUGCUGCGAUCAAAUGUCUAAGAUUAUUGGCGGAUCAAGUGGAAUCAACAUUUCCAAAAGCUGCCGAAAUAAUCAAAGACAAUUUUUACGUCGACGAUGUACUCUGCGGGAGUUCCACCGUAGGGGAAACAAUGAAACUUCGUGACCAAUUAACGCAAGUGCUUUCCCAAGGACGUUUCACUUUAGCCAAAUGGGCUUCCAAUAAUCCUAACAUUGUACCACAAGAAACACCGAAAAUGUCUGUUGUAAAAUUUGACCAGGUGGACAAUGAAUCGAAAACCCUUGGUUUAGUGUGGGACACUCAAAAAGAUGCGUUCAAAUAUUCAAUCGACAAUCUUUCAACUACGGGUAAAGUUUCUAAACGAAAAAUUUUAUCGGUCUCAUCUAAACUUUACGAUCCUUUAGGCUUACUAGGGCCAGUAACAGUUCUAGCUAAAAUACUUUUGCAGGAAAUAUGGAAUUUAAAACUUAGUUGGGAUGAAACUGUGCCAUUAUCAAUUUAUUCCUCCUGGAAAAAUUGGCUGAAUGAUUUAAAAAUGGCGAAUGAAAUUACAAUUCCUAGGUUCAUAUUUGAAACGGAUGCCAGUGUCGAAUUGCACUGUUUUUCUGACGCCUCCAUUAAGGCGUAUGGCGGAGCUAUUUAUGUACGUUGCAUUAAGAAAAAUGGUCAAGUUAAUGUUAACUUACUUUGUGCAAAAAGUCGCGUUGCCCCCUUGAAGGCGACACCAUUGCCCCGUCUUGAAUUGUGUGCGGCUCUACUAGUAUGUCAACUAUGCGAUGCGGUACUUAAAACAGUAAAAGUUCCGAUUCAAAAUAAGUACUUCUGGACCGACUCUAAAAUCGCGUUAGCGUGGAUUUCAUCCCCCUCUAGCUCACUGAAAACAUUCGUGGCCAACAGAGUGGCUGAAAUUCAAAAUCUUAGCAGUAUAGAAGAAUGGCGGUACGUACCGUCUAUUAGUAAUCCUGCCGACAUAAUAUCGCGAGGCACAACAGCGAACAAAUUAUUAAACAACGAUUUUUGGUUCCACGGGCCUUCAUUUCUUUCAUACACAAACGAAUUUUGGCCCAUACAAGAACCGGUCAGCAAAGUAGAUUUACCAGAACAAAAGCAGACUACCUCACUCUUAGUAAACACACUUCCUGAAUGGGAAUACUUAAAACAGUUUUCUGAUUUUAUUAAAUUACAGCGCUCAAUAGCUUAUCUAAAUCGAUUUGUAACUAAUAUCGGGAAUAAAAAUAAUCAAAACUACGGGCCAUUAUCAUGCUCAGAACUUGAUCUAGCUUUAACAAUCAUUUUACGCCACAUACAAUCAACCGAAUUUGACGAAGAAAUAAGAACAUUAUCAAACAAUUUGCCAUUAAAACCGAGCAGUAAGCUUCUAUGUUUGAAUCCGUUUUUAGAGAAAGACGGAAUCUUAAGAGUAGGCGGACGCUUAAAUUUGGCUACCACUAUUUCAGAUUAUAAAAAACAUCCAUAUUUGCUACCGAGAAACCAUCAUGUGACAAUGUUAAUCAUUUCUCACAUCCAUUUAAGUCACUUACACGCGGGCCCCCAGGCCACGCUAGCGAUAUUACGGGAAAAAUUUUGGGUCCUUACAGGUCGCAAUGUGGUCAGAAAAAUAAUCCAAAAAUGUAUGCGCUGUUACAGACUAAAACCACAGCCAUGUAGCGAACGAAUGGGUAACUUACCGAGCUAUAGAAUAGAGCCCAGUAGACCAUUUUCUAAAACGGGUUUAGAUUAUUGCGGCCCAAUCAACAUCAAUUUAAAUCGCGGUAGAGGAAGGCCAAAAAUAUCGAAAGCCUAUAUAGCAGUCUUCAUAUGCAUGGCAACAAAAGCGGUGCAUUUGGAACUCGUGUCAGACUGUACCACCGAAAGUUUCUUACAAGCUCUGAAAAGAUUCGUUGGUCGACGAGGAAAACCCAACGACAUCUUCUCUGACAACGGGACAACUUUCGUCGGCGCAAAAAAUGAGAUGCAACGACUUCUCAGUUCGCGGAAUGACCGUAAUUACAUAAUAAAAUACUUGACAACUGAGCAGAUCAAUUUUCAUUUUAUUCCGCCUUCCGCGCCACAUAUGGGGGGUAUCUGGGAAGCGGCAGUCAAAUCUGCGAAAAAUCAAUUGAAACGCGUUAUUGGUACAGCUUUGUUUAAUUUCGAAGAAAUGCAGACGUUGCUAAUCCAAGUUGAAGCAUGCUUAAAUUCGCGUCCGUUAACCCCUAUAUCCAAUGACCCAAAUGAUCUGACUCCUUUAACCCCCGGCCACUUCCUCGUUGGAACCCCUCUAACUGCUGUUCCAGAGGACAACGUCACCGCGCUCCCAACGAACCGGCUCUCCAGGUGGCAACAAGUCAGUCGCACUCAGCAGCAAUUCUGGAAACGGUGGUCAGCAGAAUAUCUGGGCCAACUUCAAAAUCGCCCAAAAUGGACCAAGGCCAGCCACAACAACAUAAAGGUGGACGAUUUGGUGGUCAUUAAGGAAGACCACACACCCCCGCUUGCAUGGAAGAUGGGACGCGUCACUACAGUUCAUCCCGGUCAAGAUGGCCUCAUUCGGGUAGUGACAGUGAAAACCGCGAAUGGUGUGACUAAACGACCAGUGGUUAAACUAUGUGUGCUUCCGACCGAACCAUAA